CAGCUGAUCAAUGUUUCCGCUUUGUGAUCUUGUGAAACUAGCGCUCUUUGGUGGAGAUUUAAAUGGUGUUCCGAGUUGUAUACAUGUUCAAGGAUACUGUUACAGGAUUUAGCCUGGUCUUGAGUUAGUCCUGAUGCAGCAUGGUCACCUUGAUAAAGUGAGAAGACGCUGACAAGCCUAUUAAAACGAGAACAGAAAAUGGAGGGGGAGAAUUCCGCAACGGGAGGACAGAAGGGAGAGAAUUCAUUCAUUCUGGGAAGAACUCCGGGCGAUUCUGCAACAGAGGAUUCGACGGGAGACUCAAAAAGAAAUCGGCAGUCGCAAGCAUCUGAGAUGAGCUACACUAGCGACACCAAACAACUGGUGGAGCUUGAACGUAAAGACGAUGUUCUGCGAGGCAACAUUCCGAUGACCAGCUUCAAUUUCAUCAACUCAAUCAUCGGAUCAGGAAUAAUUGGUGUACCAUAUGCCCUAAAACAGGCUGGAUUUGUGAUGGGAAUUUUUCUGUUGAUUAUCACAGCAUUACUUAAUGAUCGCUCUAUCAUACUUCUGGUGGAGGCGGGGAAACUAUCCAAUACUGAUAGCUACCAGGACAUGAUAAUGGUAGCCUGUGGCCGUCCUGGAUUUUAUUUAUUAACUUUACUACAAUUCCUAUAUCCUCUUAUAGCCAUGAUUAGUUAUAACGUCAUCAUCGGCGAUACAGUCACAAAGAUUAUUGUCAGAAUCGGCAAAGCAGCUAACGUAGGAUCUACUGUACUGGGUAACAGGCAGUUUAUCAUCUGUCUGUCCACGCUAAUGGUCACGCUUCCAUUGUCUCUAUACAGGAAUAUUGCCCAGCUUAGUAAGUGGGCCUUUCUGUCCAUCAUUAUGGUCUUUUUUAUAUUGGUUACAGUUUGUAUACGGACGACAGAGUUUGUACGUGAAAUACCACCUACAGAUGAUGCAUGGAAUUUUGCUAAUUACAACAUAGCACAAGCUAUUGGUAUCAUGGCGUUUGCUUACAUGUGCCACCAUAACACUUUCCUAAUCCACGGCUCACUAGAAAACCCCACGCAUCAGCGCUGGAGUCUGGUCACCCACCUCAGUAUCGGAUUCUCCAUGACCUUGAUGUUGAUAUUGGGAAUUCUGGGAUACGUCUCAUUCACAGGCCACACCCAGGGUGACUUGUUAGAAAACUACUGCCAUGAAGAUGACCUGAUGAACGUUUCAAGAUUCAUGUUCGCGUUUAGUAUUAUGCUGACAUAUCCUAUUGAGUGCUUUGUUACCAGGGAGGUUAUAGAAAAUGCUUUCUUUCCUUCCAAAGAUCCCUCACCAGCAUGGCGCCACCUCUGCGUUACCAUAGCAGUCGUUUUAUUGACUGUAGCCAUUUCCAUGACAACCGAUUGUCUAGGAAUUGUGCUUACAUUUAAUGGAGUAAUGGUUGCGUCACCACUGGCUUUCAUUAUUCCGCCGGUAUGUGUCAUGAAAUUGAGAGAGGAACCCAUUUUGUCAAAGAGGAAUAUCAUACCCAUCAUCAUUGCAACAUUUGGAACGCUUGUAACAGCAUUCGGUAUUAUAGUGGCUAUCAUCAACAUGUCUGAAGGAUUUUCAUGUAGCCAUGGUACAGAAAUGGCAUAUUGUGCCGAUUCUGUGGCCUCAGCCAAUACCACCAUUUCUCCACUAAUUUCAGCCAAUACAACAAGUCAGCAGCCAUUUGUACCGACCAGUACUCCUUCAAUUGGCUAACUGGUCAAUGGUCAUAACAAUGAAGAUACUAAUUCGAGAACACGUCUGACACCACACACCAAUACUCCUUAGAUUGACUAACUAAUCAGUGAUCUUACACCAAUAAGAGGAACACAUCUGCUACACCUACCAGUACUCAUCAGAUUGAGUCACGGGUCAAUGGUCAUUACAAUCACAACAGCAAUAAGAGGAAUACCAUUGUUGCAGCUUUAAGCAUAAAAUGAAUAGUAAAUACCAAUAUCGAUUUUCAUUUCUUCAAAAUGAUUUAUAUCUAUAAGUGAUUGAAUUUCCUGGUAAUCAGAAGAUACAGAGAGGAAAUUCACUUUCAAGUUUAAAGGUGUUGUAAGAUGAUUAUCAGAAAUGUGUUACAUAAUUUCAUAAUGGAUUGAAAAUGUUCACAUGUUAUACAAUCACCAGAUAUGUUUCUGUAAUCAUAAGCUUACUCCAUUUGAACUGUGUAAUACAUUGGUCAUUGGUCAUUACCACGGUAUCACAUUGAAUGUUUUGGGAAAAUUUACUGAUUUUGCUGGUGUUUGUGCGGUUUAUGAUAACGCAAUCACACAUAUAUUCAUAAUACAAAGCCUCCCUUUCCUCAUCUCAUAUUUAGAGUGCAUACAAAAAAGCCGUCUAAUUUUACCAACAAUUGAGCUUGUUAUUGCAAUGUCAUAAUUUUAAUGUUAGUCAUUACUACCGUGACUGUCAGCUUUAUCUGGAGUUAAGGACACUUGCUACAAAGAAAUCAAACUUCUCUGAUUUCAAAGAUUUCUGUACAAAAUAUGAAUAGGUAUGCAAAACAUCGUAACAAUACCACCAAUACCAACUGAAUCAAGUCAAGUUUAUGACAUUAUUCGUGUUCACUGGGUACUGGUAUUUGUUUUCAGAGAAUUCCCAUAUAGAGACACUCUGUAAUCGCUUGAUCUCUUAAUACGUUGAUUUAAGAAUUCCUUUACCCGGUAGGUGCAUCAUGUUGGUAAGGAGUAUCAAUAAAUAUUCUACGGUAACGAAACGUUCAAUCAUAUCUGAAGUUUGUCAAAAACUGUUAUUCAUAUAAAUGCAAAAUCCGUAACUCUUGAAAGGGAUAUAGGAAAAUUUGUUUGUAUAUAAUGUCUUUAAGGUCAUGCAUAUUAUAUUUGUAUUGUUCAAUAUACAGUUUAGUCACAGGUACAUGUCGUACAUAAUCGACUGUACGAUCAUUUGAUGGUAUAUCGAGUUUAUUUCGUGAAGCUGAAUAAGUGUGUUAUACAGUCAUUCGAUUCAUGUACGCAUACAAACACAUUUUACAUGUCGCUUAGGUAAAUUGCACAUCAAUAUGUUAGCAAGAUUCAUAUACUUAAUGUACGACGUGAAUUACUCGUGUAUGAGAUAAUGCAGUCGUUCAUUGCUUGGAAAAAAGAAUAUGUAAUAUAUGUGUAGUUGUAUAUAUAUUUUUAUGAACUACGAUGGCGUUGAAUAUUCGAUUACAAAUUCUAUUGUAUCUAUGUUUAAUUGCUUUAAUUUUCAUACAUACAAAUAAUAUGGUAGGACAUAAUGUAUAUCUAUAAUUACACAUUAAGCGUAUCGUCUACGAAAAUUCCUUUCCUCUUUUUUUUUUUACCCCAGGGCUUUCAUUCAAUUGGUAGUUUUAUUUUCUCCAGUCCAUUAUGUUAACUGACAUUUAUAUUAUUUUUUGAAUCUCAAUAUAAUAAAUGUUGAUAAAAUACA